CGGAGAGAGCGGUGCACAGGCGGAAAUACAGAUAGCAACGUGUGUUGCAGGAAGGAAAAGUAAGAGUUAAACUGGAAUUCGAACGCAGCUGAUUCUGAGGGCAGGUAGAGAGAACGCGGCUGCAUUCAUGGAUUCACAAGGCGAAGAUGACGACACCAUGGACCAGUUUAUGGAGAAAUUCAAAACCCAAAAGUACGAGGGAGCCUUUAACGAAGACAACUGGGAGGAGGAGUUUGACAAAAUUCCUAUGUUCAUGAAGAAGGCCCCGCAAGAAAUCGACCCAGAGAAAGCCCCAGAGCUGGCCUGUUUGCAGUCUAUACUGUUUGAUGAAGACCGACCCCUUGAAGAACAAGCUGAGUCAUUUAAAGAUGAAGGGAAUGAAUACUUCAAAGAAAAGAAUUAUGAAAAAGCCGUCGCCUCUUACACAGAAGGUAUUAAGAAGAAAUGUAAGGACGUGGAGCUGAACGCUAUACUCUAUACCAACAGGGCAGCAGCGCAAUUCUACUUAGGUAACUAUCGCUCUGCCCUUAAUGAUGCGAUUGCUGCAAGGAAGCAAAAGCCAGACCAUUUGAAAGCGGUGAUUCGAGGUGCCUUGUGCUGUGUGGAAAUAAAGAAUUACAGAGAGGCUCUGAAGUGGUGCGAGGAAGGACUCAAAAUCAACCCAACGGAGAAAAAGCUGAUCGAAACCAGAACCAAGGCUGAUAGACUGCAGAGAGCUGCAGAGCGAGACGCACGGAAGAGUAAACUAGCUGAGAAGAAGAAGCAGUCCAAGAAGGACUCUCUGCUCAAUGCAUUGAAGGAUAGAGGGAUAAAGCUACAUCAACAGGCUGCUGGAGAGGAUGAAGAGGAGACCUCUGAGUUUUCUUAUGAUGGCAUCAGCUCAGAGAAUGCAACCGGAUCACAAGUAUUUCUGGAUGAGAGCGGCCGUCUGCACUGGCCGGUGCUUUUCCUUUAUCCAGAGCACAUGCAGACAGAUUUUAUAUCUGCCUUUCCCGAGGAUUCCAGAUUUAUAGAUCACCUGAAUGCAAUGUUUAAUGAAGAUUAUCCUCCAUGGGACACGGACCGGAAAUAUUUUGCUCCAAAUCUGGAGGUUUACUUUGAAGAUGAAGAGACGCAGUCUUUUUAUCAGGUGAACCCAGAGAGAACGUUGCUGGAGGCCAUGCAGCACAGAAGGUUUCGUGUAAAGGCUGGGUCUCCAUCAUUUUUAAUCUUUGUGAAGCAGUCCUCAUUUUAUAAAAAAUAUUUUACCGAUCGUAAAGUUUAUAAGUUGACGUAAGUGUGAGGUCACACAUCAGCCAUGAUUCAACAGCGGAACAGCUGCAUGUUCCUACAGAACUGAACAAAAGAAAUCGGUUUUUAAUUCUGGGCUGUUCAUCUUUACAAACUUUACAAAAGAACUUCACUAUUAUAUUUUAAGUCUUUGCCAGUUUUGGGGAGAGUCAUUAAAAACAUGCAAGGGUGUCUUGAUUACGUCCAACAUCCCAAAGACAUACUAGAGGUUUACGGGGAGGCUCUUUCUAUUUAUUAACCCCCUAUCUCAAUCUAUUUUUUUGAAGAGAACAGUGCUUUUGUUCUUCUUUGCCAAACCUGUAUGAUAAUUUUCUGGUAUUUUUUUUUAAUGGGCAAAAUAACAACAUUUGGUGAUAUUCUAUUCUGUUUUAAGUGAUGUACUGUUCAGUAUAUAAUUGAACAAUCAUAAAAUUAAUGAUUAAAUACAAGAAUGUUACUGUGUCGGAAUUAAAAGCUGACUGUGUCAUGUCUGCAUGGGAGGAAAAAGUUACAGCAGAACUCUUGCACUGGAAAUAGAUUAAAUAUUUACCUCUCCAAGUAUGAUG